UUACAAGAGGACUUCCUCUUCUGGAUGUUAUACCUUACAAUAACUACUGUAGAUACAGUAGGGUUGUACUCUGCGUCAUUUGCCCUGCCAACCAAUCGGAUUCUUUCGGAGGAGUUGCCAGUCAAAACUAGAUCACGGAAACGCACGAACCAAUCUAGCGGUUCAUGAUCCAAUGCUAUGUCGUAGUCUUGAUGGAUUGUUGCCUACUCUCCUGCUUGUAUCAAGACCUCAAAGCUAUCGAUGGAUAUGGUACUGUUUCAAAAUAUAGAAUAGCACAUUAUAUAUAGUCUAACAGGAAAAGAUGUCUAACAUACUUCAUGCAGCGACCAACGUGAAAUGGAACCGGUCUGCAGCGGCGAAGCGGGCUGCCUUUCUUGUGGUCGCUGCAUACGGCGUGAAAACGCUGUACCCCAUCAUCUGCAAACAGAUCAACAAACGAAAAGAUUCAAAAAAUCCACCACCUUCAAGAGGAGAGGAAAAUGGAUCGUUAAUCGUCAAGAAAUCGACGAUGGACAUAGUGCCUUCCCACAAGAAAUCUCCCAGCGUGGAUGCAGAAUUUUUCCAGCAGGUCCUGGAACUCGUAAAAAUAGUGUUUCCCAAGCUUGUGACAAAGGAGCUAGGUUUGUUGUGCUUACACUCUGUUGCACUCGUAUCUAGGACGUUUUUAUCCAUAUACGUUGCCGGAUUGGACGGUAAAAUUGUUAAAACAAUCGUGGAAAAAAAACCAAGAAGCUUCAUCUUCAAACUAAUGAAAUGGCUCCUCAUUGCCAUCCCCGCUACAUUCGUGAACAGCGUUAUCCGCUACCUGGAGUGCAAGCUGGCACUGGCUUUUCGUACCCGAUUGGUGAACCAUGCAUACAAAACCUAUUUCACUGACCAGACCUACUAUAAGGUUAGCAAUAUGGACGGUAGGUUGGCUAACCCGGACCAGUCGCUUACGGAGGACGUGAUGAUGUUUUCGCAGUCCAUUGCACAUUUGUAUUCUAAUCUCACCAAACCCAUUCUGGAUGUGAUCCUCACGUCCUACACGCUCAUUCAGACUGCACGGUCUCGUGGUGCCAACGCCAGUGGACCGACGCUUCUGGCCGGACUGGUUGUGUUUGCUACAGCCAAGGUGUUGCGUGCAUGCUCGCCGAAAUUUGGCAAACUGGUGGCCGAGGAGGCCCAUAGGAAAGGUUAUCUACGUUACGUGCAUUCGAGAAUCAUUGCCAAUGCAGAAGAAAUAGCCUUCUACCGGGGUCACAAGAUAGAAAUGCGGCAGCUGCAGAAGUGCUACCAGGUGCUGGCCGAGCAGAUGAACCUCAUCCUGUCUAAGCGCCUGUGGUACAUCAUGCUCGAACAGUUCCUUAUGAAAUACGUGUGGAGUGCCAGCGGCCUUGUCAUGGUGGCGGUGCCAAUCAUCACUGCUACCGGUUUCGCUGACAACCAGCUGGCAGACGGACACACUCAGGUGAUGGUGAGUGAGAGGACAGAGGCUUUCACCACCGCCCGCAACCUGCUGGCGUCUGGUGCUGACGCCAUCGAGAGGAUCAUGUCCUCCUACAAAGAGGUGACAGAGCUGGCUGGCUACACGGCACGUGUGCACAACAUGUUCCGGGUGUUUGAGGAGGUGCAGAGGGGGGUGUACAAGCGCUCCUCUCUCUCAGAGGAGGUGGAUAAGGCUGUGGGACGCCCAGCCUUGCACAUCGAUGGACCACUGGACAUCAAAGGGAAGGUGAUUGAUGUGGACAAGGGCAUCAUCUGUGAGAGUGUUCCUAUCAUCACCCCGAAUGGCGACGUGGUGGUGUCCUGCCUCAACUUCAAGGUUGAAGAGGGUAUGCACCUCCUGAUCACGGGGCCCAAUGGUUGUGGGAAGAGCUCUCUGUUUCGCAUCCUCAGUGGUCUCUGGCCUGUCUACGGGGGAAGCCUCAUCAAGCCCCCACCUCAACACAUGUUCUACAUCCCACAGAGGCCCUACAUGUCGAUUGGGACGCUGCGGGACCAGGUGAUUUAUCCGGACUCCCUGGAGGACAUGCACGAGAAGGGCUACACUGACAAGGACCUGGAGACUAUCCUAGACAUCGUCAACCUCAACCAAAUCGUCACCAGGGAGGGAGGCUGGGAUGCGGAGCUGGACUGGAAAGAUGUUCUGUCGGGUGGGGAGAAGCAGAGGAUGGGCAUGGCUCGCAUGUUCUACCAGAAGCCAAAGUACGCUCUUCUGGAUGAGUGCACAAGUGCCGUCAGCAUCGAUGUGGAGGGAAAGAUCUUCCAGGCUGCAAAGGAUUCUGGGAUAUCCCUGCUAUCAAUCACACACAGACCUUCUCUCUGGAAGUACCACACGCACCUGCUGCAGUUUGAUGGGGAGGGCGGCUGGCGCUUCGAGCAGCUGGACACCGCCACGCGUCUCUCCCUCACCGAGGAAAAGCAGCGCAUGGAGUCCCAGCUGGCUGGCAUUCCUAAGAUGCAACUGCGCCUCAACGAGCUCUGCAAAAUCCUGGGCGAGGACUCUGUGCUCAAAACGGCGGACCUGAAAGAGGGGGAGUGAGAGAGAGAAAGAGAAAGAGAGAGAGAGAGAGACAGAGAGAGAGACAGAGAGAGAGAGAGAGAGACAGACAGAAAAAGAGAGAGAGACAGAGAGAGAGAGAGUGUGUGUUAGUGAGUUGAGGUUAGUUGUCCCUUUCAAACGUGAGCCUCUUGAGCUGCUAUGUAUGGAGAGCUGGUUUUGUGAGACAAGGAACAGCUGCAUUUCUAACCAGUGAGACUGACACUGAGCUGGACUGAUCGAAGAUGCCCAUGAACAAGUACUACACCUGUUGAACGCACACAGAGCCCCAUCACACAGGAUAGAUUCAGUGUUGCUCCUCGCCUCAUGGCCUAUAUCCUCGCUUUUCCAUUUCUUAUCAUUGUGUCUUCACUAUCGACACUGGAAGGGCAAAAUUGGCUGGAGUGUUUUGUUAUUGUUUUUUUUUUUUUUUUUCAGCACUUUAUUUUUCACUUUUUAAAUGAGCUUUUAUUGUUCUUGAGGUACGGUCAUGAAGUGAGGGCGCUCUGCCUGUGGUACCUACCUGUGAGAUUACAUGCUGUCUUCCUGUGGGUUUUUAGUUUUAUCCGUUGAGUCCUGAUGGUUUUGUUUUUAAUGGAUGAGAUGGAUGGAAAAUGAUUAAAUGGAUGGCAAAUGAGGCACUGUAAUUUUCAUGACACAGAAUAACAAGACAUGGUAUUAGCUUUUUGUUUUAUCAGUUCAGUCCUGCUGUUUAUGCUUUGAAUGGAUGAAAGUGACUGUCCCUGUGUUUGUCAUGAAACAGGGCAACAAAGUCCCCCUGUCCCCUGUCCCCUGUCCCCUGUCCCCUUCCCUUCACCCUGGUGUCUCACAUAACCUUAGUACCACUGGCAGUCAUGACACUUCAGUUGAUUCGUAAUUCAUUGCACACGUAUUGCGUAUAAUAAGAGGCACCAUGUACAAUCAAAGACACCAUAUGAUUGUGAAGUGUACUGCAAUCUUGAAAGGUUCAGAGUACACAGAAGAGCUAAGACUAGAUACGUGAGGCUGGAUGUUGCCUCCUGCAGGCUUUUAUUUAAAGGAACACAGACACACACACACAUACAGAUAUAUAAAACAUGUGCCUGUGCAUGCAUAGACAUGCCAGAGCAAAUACACACACACAGAUGUCAAGAGUGCAGGGUCAUAGGCGGCUGUCUUAUUAGACAAAUACAAUGGUGGAGGGUCUCUUGUGGUCCCUGUGUCCUAGCAGGCUUUAGGCACUGUUGCACCACUCUCCCCAGACCACUGGCAAAGCUCCUGUGUUUAUUUACAACUAAUCCUCUUUCACGUGACACUGGCAUGAGCAGUGCAUGCUGGGAAGUCAGACUCAUUGUCCUUAGACCUUAGGUUGGGCUGAGGUCAGGCUAGACUGCUUUGAGAUUAGUGUUUGUUUAUUUUUUUCCUUCUGGAACACUGGAUGGUUGUUACGUUUCUGUUCUCAUUCGGUGAGCUGUUCUGGAAUGUGUGUGUGAUUCUGUGAUCCCUCUCUUGUGUUCUGAGUCCAUCUUCCUUGGAUGACCAGCCCUACUGUGGGAAAUGCUUCUGUCAUGACUGUGAGCUUCCAUGUUGUCUUUUCCCUGAGAAGACUGUGAACAUUCACCUCUUUGUUGGAAAUUUUAACAUGAAAUGUUGCUUUUUUUGUAUUUCUCCAGAACUAUGGAAAAUACUGACAAAACUUUGUUGUGAAAAUAGUCAGUUGUACUGUUCCUCACUUAUAUGAUGAAGAAGCUGGAGCCUUUUGUUUAGAUCUCACUGAGCCCCGCUAUUUUCCAUUACUAUCUCAUCAAGCAUGUGACAUUUGACUGUGGCCUUUAGCUGUUAAUCAACAUUUCAGGAAAUAACAUUUUAAUCGUUGAACCAUGUGACCCAUGGUCAAUUUUGGAACAGAAACCUUUUCACUGGCAAAUGAAACUACUGCUGGAUGCCAAAAAAUGUGAUUAGCAUUUGAGCUCUUAUAGGUCUUACUAUUAAUUUAUCAAAACUAGACCAAUCUGAUGUCCUUAGAUACGACCAUUAUGACGUGACCAGGUAUUCCACUCUAAAGCUCUGACCCCUAAAGGGGAGGAUUUUUACUGCGCUUCUCGCCGGAUCAAGCAGAAUUUACAAACGUUUCUGUGGCAACCCAGAACCACUCUUAGAACCAGCUUACUGCAAUCAUGUUGCUAUUCACAUAUUGUAAAUAGGCUAGUUUUAUAUAUCUGAGAAAGAUGUUACAAUAUCAUAGCCUCUAUUUUGUCAAGGGGUUAGUUAUGCGAGGACGUGAUAGUUGUGGGUUCAGUGGCGUUUGCUUUGGUGGGUGUGAUGGAGUGAGUGCAUGUAUGAAGUCGUGAGAGGAAACACUCCACCCACUAUAAGCAGUGAAUGGACACCUUUAUUAUUAUUGUUGUUGUUAUGGGAGACCAUAGGACCGAACGCUGAUCCCUCACUGGUCUUGAGCUGAACAACAUAUGUCUGUGACAAAAGCGUUGCCUGGUCGUUGAAACAAUUCGUACAUUUUUAAUGGAGGCAGGUUACAUAGAGCUGAGCACACAGGUGGCCUGUCUCUGCCUAGUUAAGUCCAACUGUAAUCUACUUGCAUGUCAGGGUACAUCAUUCCUAACAUUUUUAAAGUGGUACUAACGAAGUAUGCCUGGCUGGCUGUAUUGGUGCAAAUGUUUUGGGAAAUGCAGGUGAAGUGUAAAUAAAAUUAACCACUAAGUCUUGUGUACUCAGUUCCUCACAUGCUUCUCACUUUAUAUCAUACAUGUGGCAUAUAGUCUGACAUGUACAUGUUCUUACACAUUAUAUUAUUAUAUUAUAGAGUAUACCUUUAUGGUGAAGUCUGCUAUUUUGUUGUGAAGCAGUAACAUUGCUAGGGUUAACUGAUACAUGAUAGUAUUAAUAGUAUUGUAAUUAUGACUGGUGAAUAAAAGAAAGAAGUAAAAUC